ACAGAAAUAAGUAUCUAUUAAGUUAAGAUAUGCUUUGGCCUAUAAAUAGGAAGAGCCAAAACAGUGUUAGAGUGAAGUUUAAAGAGAGAAAGAGGAAGGCAUGAAGAGUCACGAGCCACGUUCAAGCUCUUCUUGUGCAGCUUGCAAGUUCUUAAAGAGAAGGUGCAUUCCAAACUGUCAAUUUGCUCCAUACUUAUCCAACGAGCCCAAGAAAUUCGCCAACGUUCACAAGGUGUUUGGGGCUAGUAAGGUGAGCAAGAUCCUUAACGAAGUACCCGAGGAGCAACGAGAAGAUACCGUUCAUUCUCUCGUUUAUGAGGCUGAGGUGAGGCUGAGGGACCCUGUUUACGGUUGCAUUGGUGCCAUAGCUUCAUUACAGCGGAAGAUGGUGGAGCUACAACAUGAUCUGAUGCUUGUUCGAACUCGCCUUGCUUAUUGUGCUGCUAACCAAAACAUUGCCACUAAUAGUUAUGACCCUUUCAAUCCCAACAUGCCUUGCGAUUUUCUGGACGUUCCUGUCUCCAAUAAGUACUUGGAUAGCUAUGCUCAAAGCUCCUUUAGCAUGGACCAUGGUGGAUCUACUAAUGAAUUUGGCCAAGUUCCAUUUCCUUGAUCACUACCCCA